AUGCAUGACGAAGAUUGUCAAUUACCAAGCCUUGAUUGGCUAACAAAUUCCGUAAAACGUAAAACAUCAACACUACAUAUUCCCGAUCCGCUUCUCUCUAAUUUUUCGCAACAUGCGAAACGUCCAAAGAUUUGUCGUGACUACAAAAAUGCACCAAAUGAUGUUGAUUUCUCAAAAGAACCGAUCAAACCACCUUAUAGUUAUGCUGAAUUAAUAACAUUAGCAAUGCGUCAUCAUGGACAUAGUAAAGUAUUACUUAGUGAUAUCUAUGAAUAUGUGAAGAAAAAUUUUGCAUGGUAUCGAAAAACAGAUAUCACAUGGCAGAAUUCAAUAAGGCAUAAUCUUUCGUUGAAUAAGCAAUUUAUUAAAUUACCACGGAAAAAAGGUGAAAAAGGAAAAGGUUCAUAUUGGAUGCUCGAUCAUAAUGUAAUGGAUUCAUCUGGUUUGAAAAUGAAAAAAGAUAUUUCGACAAAUGGCAAAAUGAAAGUUUUAGAGAGAAGUUGCAAGCCAACUUUAAAUCCCGCAAUUCUAUCAUAUUUAAAAAAGCAAAAUGAAUCAGCAAAACAAUCGAAUCUAAACAAUUUACGCUCAACUAACAACUUAUCCAACCAUUCACCACAGAUCAUGGAAAUUGGUGCUGAAGAAGCAAUUCGUCUUGAAGAUAUUGAAUUUACAUCCGCAAUUGAUGAAAAUGUCAAUUUUCAUUUAUCAUCAGUUUCACCGCCAACAAUUUCAAGUUUUACAGAAUACGAAAAUGAGCAGGAAUUAUUGCAAGCAACAGAUCCGGGGAAUAGCUACUAUCAAUUACAAACAGUAAUUGAGCACGAUAAAUUACCAGUAUGGUGGAGAAAUGAGGAAAAUUCAACUUUUCUAAAUUCAUCAGAUUUUGGACAACCAUCACUGCCAAGGUUUACCGAUGCCUUUGCAAACGGUAGUUUCGAGAAUCCAUUAAAUUCAAAUGCGGAAUCAGAAGAACAUCCAUGGCAAGAAGUGGAUUUGAAAAUUACCGAUGAAUGUCUGUUUUUUGAUUUAUCUAUGUGA